UUAUUGCCAAAUUAGGUAGGGGGGCUUAUCUUGCCAAGUCUGAUAUCAAAUCAGCCUUUAGGUUGCUACCAAUUAAUAGCACGGAUUUCGAUUUAUUAGGUUUUUGCUUUAACGAUGCCUUCUAUUAUGACAAGAUGCUUCCAUUUGGGUGCAAGAUAAGUUGUGCAAUCUGGGACAGAUUUGCAUACUUUCUGCAUUGGUUGACACAGAAUCGUUCACAAAAUUCCUCUAUUCUGCAUUAUCUGGAUGACUUCUUUUUCUGCGGCAGAGAGCAUUCCAUAAGCAAAAAUACCUUGGACACCUUUCUUUCCCUGUGCAGUGAUCUGGGGGUCCCAAUUGCAAAUGACAAAACAGUAUAUCCAACCCAAGUUCUUACUUUCUUGGGCAUCGAAUUUGAUACGGUGCAAAUGAUCAUGAAAUUACCAUGGGAAAAAAUUCAUGAAAUUAAACACAAAAUUCUUGACAUUAUGACUUUUAGAAAGGUAACACUUCAGCAACUUCAGUCCAUAUUGGGGCUUUUGAAUUUUGCAUGUAGAGUCAUAGCUCCAGGUAGGGCUUUCUGUCGACGACUAACCGAUGCAACAAUCGGCCUUGGCAAACCACAUCACCAUACCCGGGUAACAUUAGAAAUGAAAGCUGACCUCCAAGUCUGGCUCACCUUCCUUCAAUCUUUUAAUGGUAUAUCAGUCAUUACAAAGAGCAUAUGGGUCAAUAACGACACUCUCGAACUUUACACUGACAGUGCAGGGGGAGACUCGGGGGGUUUUGGUAUAUUUUUUGCAGGCAAGUGGGCAUAUGCUCAGUGGCCCAGUACUUGGUUGGCACAAGGCCUAACCCGAGACAUGACCUUUUUAGAGCUCUUCCCAGUCCAAGUAGCUAUUGAAGUAUGGAAGCAUCAAUUUGCCAACUACAGAAUCUUGUUUUACAUUGACAAUAUGGCAGUGGUACAUGUUAUCAACAAAACAACAUCAAGGUCACCUAGGGUCAUGAAAAUUGUAAGAAAACUGGUUCUAACAUGUCUCAAGCAUAACAUCUUAAUUAAAGCAAGACACAUACCAUCUAAGCUAAAUUCUAUCGCGGAUUGUCUCUCUCGUUCACAGUGGGGCAAAUUCCGACGACUAGCACCAACAGCAGAUCCAUGGCCAGCACCACUUCCCAAGAACAUUUGGGAAAUUUAAAAAGUGAGGCAAACAGGCUUAUCCAGGGUUCCCUCUCAGUCAACACAUACAAAGCUUAUCAAGGGGCUUUUACCAGUUUCAAAAAAUUCUUGAGUAACUGUGGGAUUGCAAUGGUUUUUCCUAUUCCCAUUGACCACUUGCUUAAUUUUAUUGCUCAUUUGUCCAUUUCAGGUACAGCUUAUAGAACAGCUGCAUUAUACAUUAGUGCCCUAUCAUAUUUUCACAAAUUAAGAGGCAUACAGGAUAAUACUCAAUCAUUCAUCGUCAAAAAAGCCUUGCAGGGUCUGCACAAAAAGCGAGGUAACCCUGUAGAUCCACGAAUCCCAUUAACCAUAUCUAUUUUGCAACGUGUAGUAUCAGCAUUGCCAUCAGUCUGUGGAUCACCAUAUGAGGCAGCAUUAUUUUCCACAAUUUUUUCAAUUGCAUAUCACGGCUUGCUUAGGGUUAGUGAAGUCUUGUCUAUCCAUAGGGCACACAUUUCCCUUACUAAGAACAAUGUCAGCAUUCUAAUUCCAAGGUCUAAAACUGACCAAAUUGGAAAUACAACUACGUUGCAGAUUUCCAAACAUGCCAAUUCUGAUACUUGUCCAGUGCAAUGGGUACUCAAGUUUUUACGGUUGCGCCCUAACAGUGACUCCACCUUAUUUUUCAUCCAUAUGGAUUACAAACAUGUAACAAGAUACCAGUUUAAUUGCAUGCUACAGAAAACACUUAAAUUUAAUGACAUUCAGGGACAUUUUAGGCCACAUAGCUUCAGAAUUGGGAGAGCCACAGAUAUGGCAAAACAAGGGAUUUCAGAUUCAGAAAUUAAAUCUUUGGGAAGGUGGGAGUCAAAUGCUUUUCAAAACUACAUAAGAUUAUAAUGUAAUGGUUUGUUGAAUGGAAUACAGGCUAAUUUGCCAAAAGUAUUCCAGGUUUCAAGACAGUUUGGAUAGUAGGAUCGUCUAUACCUUUUUGGGCUGGUGAAGAGGCACGGAGGAGACCGAGCGGAAAGAACCUCAAUCUAGGGGUUGACAUCUUUUGGAAGGGGAUAAGAGGGCUAAAAUGGCAAGACCUCGACAAACUGAUAACAGAAGAACUCAAACAUCAACCACAACCAGAUGUAUUGGUUAUUCAUGCUGGGUCAAACGAUCUAACAACAGCUGGCAAUACUGCACUUAGAUUUGCACAUGAAAUUCAAUGUAGCU